AUGGCCGGGACGCGCUGGGUGCUCGGAGCGCUGCUCCGGGGCUGCGGGUGUAACUGCAGCAGCUGCCGGCGCACCGGCGCCGCCUGCCUGCCUUUCUACUCGACCGCCGGCUCGUUCCCCUCCGGCGUCUCGGGCCGUCGCCGCCUGCUGCUGCUGCUCGGGGCCGCCGCGGCCGCUGCCUCUCAGACGCGGGGCCUCCAUACUGGGCCUGCGCUCGCCGGGAGAUUGGCGGGGCCUCCUCCCAUCGCCGCUUCGGCCGCGGCCGCGGCUGCAGCCUCCUACCCGGCUCUGCGCGCCCCUCUGCUGCCGCAGUCGCUGGCGGUGGCCGCGGGCCCGGCGAGGUGCUACAGCCAGGAGUCAAAAACUACCUACCUGGAAGACCUUCCAUCACUCCCUGAAUAUGAACUGGCUCCAUCCAAAUUAGGCGAGGAAGUGGAUGAUGUUUAUCUCAUUCGCGCUCAAGGAUUGCCCUGGUCAUGCACUAUGGAAGAUGUCCUUAACUUUUUCUCAGACUGCAGAAUCCGCAAUGGUGAGAAUGGAAUACAUUUCCUCUUAAAUAGAGAUGGGAAACGAAGGGGUGAUGCCUUAAUUGAAAUGGAGUCAGAGGAAGAUGUGCAGAAAGCCUUAGAGAAGCACCGCAUGUACAUGGGUCAGCGGUAUGUGGAAGUGUAUGAGAUAAACAAUGAAGACGUGGAUGCCUUAAUGAAGAACUUGCAGGUCAAAUCUUCACCUGUGGUAAAUGAUGGUGUGGUUCGUUUGCGAGGACUUCCUUACAGUUGCAAUGAAAAAGACAUUGUAGACUUCUUUGCAGGACUGAAUAUAGUAGACAUUACUUUUGUUAUGGACUACAGAGGACGGAGAAAAACAGGGGAAGCCUAUGUGCAGUUUGAAGAACCAGAAAUGGCCAACCAAGCCCUGUUGAAGCAUAGGGAAGAAAUUGGUAAUCGAUACAUAGAGAUAUUUCCGAGCAGAAGGAAUGAAGUUCGAACCCAUGUUGGUUCGCAUAAGGGAAAGAAAAUUGCGUCUUCUCCUCCUGCCAAGUAUAUAACUGAGCCAGAAAUGGUAUUUGAAGAACAUGAAGUAAAUGAAGAUGUGCGACCCCUCACAGCAUUUGAAAAUGAGAAGGAAAUAGAGUUGCCCAAGGAAAUGUCAGAAAAGCUUCCAGAGGCUGUUGAUUUUGGAGCUACACCUUCACUACAUUUUGUUCACAUGAGAGGAUUGCCUUUCCAAGCUAAUGCCCAAGACAUUAUAAAUUUUUUUGCUCCACUGAAGCCUGUUAGAAUCACCAUGGAAUACAGCUCCAGUGGGAAGGCCACUGGAGAAGCUGACGUGCACUUUGACACUCAAAAAGGACACGACAGAGCAGUGAGCUGGCUGGAUGCUGUAAGACUCUCCUCUGUCUGGCCUUUAGGAGUAACCAUGACCACCACCACCACCCUGUCAGCUCAAGUUGCCCUCUCUUCACCGCUGCCUGGUGAGCUCCUCCACUUCCAGCUGCAGACUGUUGAUCUUGUCUCCAAAGUCCUGCUUGAAGAGCCGGUUGUCCAACUCAGCAGACUGGCGGCCUCGCUCAGCCUGGCGCAAUCUGGAUGUGAGCCACAUGAACUUGUGAUAAAAAACAAAAGCCAUGGUGGGGAGGAAGACUGA